ACAAUACCAAUUGGGAUUCUAUGUCGCUGCAUCCAUUUUUGUGUAUUUAAGAUAUCUUCAAGGAUUUCCAAACCUGGAGAAAAGCGAGGCACCUGUGCAGAGGGACUCAAAAGGGAAGCAAACAUUUAUUAUGAGAUGCAAAAUAACUUGUCCAGGACGAUGACAGCGAUGGGUUAGGCAGGAUUGAACAGGAUGAUGGCCAAAUAAAAGCAUCGGCGUGUAAAGAUGUCAGCUCCAGCCGUGCCCCGCAGCGGGCCUGUCCUGCCGGAGAUGCCGGACCUGAGCCACCUCACCGAGGAGGAGAGGAAGAUCAUCCUCGGUGUCAUGGACAGGCAGAAGAAAGAGGAGGAGAAGGAACAGUCCAUGUUGAAGAUCAAUGAAGAUCCAAAGUCUCAGCCAGUCCAGUGGUAUCCCUUUAGUGGAAUCACUGAUCUGGUUAAUAAUGUUCUCCAGCCUCAGACAAAGUCCCAAAUCCAACCGCAAACAGAGCAUCCAAAGGAGCCAGAGACGAAAUUGCACCAGCAAUUUGAAAUGUAUAAGGACCAGGUGAAGAAGAUGGGGGACGAGGCACCGAUCACCCAGGAGCAGAAGAGUGAUGCACCCACCUGCGGAAUCUGCCAUAAAACCAAGUUUGCCGACGGCUGUGGCCACCUCUGUUCUUAUUGCCAAACCAAGUUCUGCGCUCGCUGUGGAGGAAGAGUUUCACUGCGCUCUAACAAGGAGGAUAAAGUGGUGAUGUGGGUAUGCAAUCUGUGCCGAAAACAACAAGAAAUCCUCACCAAGUCAGGGGCCUGGUUCUACAGCAGCCCAGGGGGUGUCCUUCCCUCAGGUGCGAGUGACCCUCGCUGCCGCCACGAAGAGGCUCCACAGGAGAAGAAGGCCAAACUGCAGGAAGCCCCACUGCUGUACCAGGGUCCUCCAGGAGACCGUAGCAGAGCUCCAGGACUCCCGCGACAGGCGUCCCUAAAUAACGACUCUAGUCUGAAGCCUAACGAUCCUCUGAGCAUCAAGAAAAGAAGCCCAUCAGCAACCAGGGAUCCAAACCAAAAAUACGACCAAAGGGAGGAGAAGGCAGAGCGUUCACAGUAUGCCCCAGGGGCGGGCGGCAUGCCACGAUCGCCGUCUGACUACGGGGCUGGAGACCGCCAGUGGCGGGGAGGCUACGGUCGCUCCUACGAGGAUGCGGAGGUAGCGAGGAAUGCGUACCGCGCUCGACGCGGUGGCUGGCACUCUCAGGAAGAAUAUCCACCUGAAGCCGGCUUCCUGCCCGAUGGCCCGCCUCUCAGCGAGCAUGAGCUUCAGCGGCAACGGCAGGAGGAGUACCAGAACCGCUACCGCAGUGACCCAAACCUGGCCCGCUACCCAGUCAAACCACAACCUUAUGAGGAACAGAUGCGCAUGCAUGCGGAGGUUUCACGGUUUAGGCACGAACGGCGCCACAGUGAUGUCUCCCUGGCAUACACAGAGAUGGAGGAGCCCUUCGGGCCCCUGCGGGAUACCCACUACUCACCAGGUCCUGGACACACCCACUGGAGGUCCAACCACAGUCCACCCGACGUGGACUCCCUCCAUAGGCAGCAGCACCUGGAUCCCGUCUCAGCCGUACGGAAGAGUAAACGAGAAAAGAUGGAUAGCAUGUUGCGGAACGACUCGCUCAGUUCCGACCAAUCAGAGUCCGUCAGGCCGCCACCACCCAAACCUCACAAGACCAAGAGGGGCGGCAAAAUGAGGCAGGUGUCCCUGAGCAGCUCAGAGGAGGAACUGGCCACUACACCGGAGUACACCAGCUGUGAAGACGUGGAGAUCGAGAGUGAGUCUGUGAGCGAGAAAGGGGACAGUCAAAGGGGAAAAAGACAAACUUUUGAGCAGUCACACAACUUAUCUGAGGGCCAAAAGAAAAUGGUCCGCUUUGGGGGCCACUCUUUGGAAGAAGAUGCUGAGUGGUGUGAACCCCAGAUUAAAGACUCGGGGGUUGAUACAUGCAGUAGCACUACCCUAAACGAGGAGCAUAGCCAUAGUGAGAAGCACCCGGUCACAUGGCAGCCCUCCAAAGAUGGAGAUCGACUCAUCGGCAGGAUUCUGCUCAACAAGCGCAUGAAGGAUGGCAGCGUUCCCCGCGACUCUGGAGCUCUUCUGGGAUUGAAAGUGGUUGGAGGAAAGAUGACAGAGUCUGGGCGACUAUGUGCAUUCAUCACCAAAGUAAGGAGAGGGAGUUUAGCGGAGACAGUUGGGCAUCUCAGACAAGGUGACCAGGUCCUAGAGUGGAACGGCCGAAAGUUGCAAGGAGCCACAUUUAAAGAAGUUUACAAUAUCAUUUUAGAAUCAAAGCCAGAGCCUCAGGUGGAACUAGUGGUCUCAAGACCCAUUGGCGAUAUCCCCAGGAUACCAGAAAGCACACACUCACAACUGGAAUCCAGUUCGAGUUCAUUUGAGUCUCAGAAGAUGGAGCGUCCCUCCAUAUCUAUCACGUCUCCCAUGAGCCACGGAGUGCUGCGGGACGCCCCACAGUACUUGUCGGGACAGCUUACAAGCCAAAGCCUUAGUAGAAGAAUUGAGCCUUUUAACCCUAAAGUUCAGGUCAAACUUUGGUAUGACAAAGUCGGCCAUCAGCUAAUCGUCACCAUUCUGGGUGCAAAGGACCUGCCUUCAAGAGAAGACGGCCGACCGCUCAAUCCUUACGUGAAGAUCUACUUCCUCCCUGACAGAAGUGACAAAAGCAAAAGAAGAACAAAAACAGUAAAGAAAUCACUAGAGCCCAAAUGGAACCAGACCUUUAUGUAUUCCCCCGUCCACCGGCGGGAGUUCAGGGAACGCAUGCUGGAGAUCACCCUGUGGGACCAGGCCCGGGUGCGAGAGGAGGAGAGCGAGUUCUUGGGAGAGAUCCUCAUAGAGCUGGAAACAGCACUGCUGGACGAUGAGCCGCACUGGUAUAAGCUACAAACACAUGACGUCUCAUCGGUACCCCUACCGAAGAGCUCCCCCUGCCUUCAGAGACGAGCGCUGCAUGGAGACAGUCCCACACGCAGACUGCAGAGGUCUCAGAGGAUCAGUGACAGUGAGUUCUCAGACUAUGACUGUGAUGAUGGUGUUGGCGUCGUAUCAGACUUUAGAAACGGCAGGGACCUCCAGAGCUCCACCCUCUCUGUGCCGGAGCAGGUCUUAUCAUCCAAUCACUGCUCUCGGUCAGCCGACAUCAACCGAGCGCGCUCACGGUCUCCCAGCAUGCCCCCUACUCAGAGUCAUUUUCUCACCUUACCUCGAACCCGACACAGUCAGCCUCAUGACAGUCAGCUGGAGGAACUCAGGAAUUACGGCGAUCCGGACAGGCACGAGUAUCACCACAGGUCCCGUUCUGCAGACCAGCGGUCCGUGCUGGAGCGGCCCAUGCACAGUCGCUCUCGCUCCACAGAGCGGCCGCCCGAUAGACCCCACAUGAGAUCAUCGAUGCCCUCCCUGCAGUCAGGACACUCCGCUCCACCCUCCCCUGCCUUACCGAGGGCGCAUCCUCGUGGUGGGUCGGUUCAGACCAGCCCCACCGGGACCCCCGUGAACAGCAGGAGAGGACGACAGCUCCCACAACUGCCUCCAAAAGGGACGCUGGAAAGAAAAGAUGGAGGUGAAGAACUUGAGCCUUCUCCAGAAGACAUGGACUCCCCCGGUCGGACAAACUCAGGUGCUAUGGAUGUUGAGGAGCGGACGCGGCAGAUGAAACUGAAGAUGAACAAGUACAAACAGGGAACAGGCUCAGACUCCAGACUGGAACAGGACUAUCACAAGCGUUCAGCCAGGGAUCCUCAGCGGGGAGAAAACCUCUCGGCCAAGUCUUCGGACAGUGAUGUUAGCGACGUGUCCGCUGUGUCGAGAACCAGCAGUGCGUCUCGAUUCAGCAGCAUGAGCUACAUCUCUGUCCAAUCAGAACGGCCGCGGGGCAGCCGCAAGAUCAGGCAAAUGGGAACGGCGGCCGGGGGCAACAUGACCAAGAGCACCAGCAUCGGCGGAGACAUGUGCAGUCUGGAGAAGACCGACGGCAGCCAGUCGGACACGGCCGUGAGCCUGGUGGGAACCGUUGACAAGAAACGGCGCUCCAGUAUCGGCGCCAAGAUGGCGGCAGUCGUGGGUUUGAGCCGAAAGAGCCGCAGCGCAUCGCAGCUCGGCCAGACAGAAGCAGGAGGAAAGAAGCUGCGCAGCACUAUCCAGAGGAGCACGGAGACAGGACUGGCUGUAGAGAUGAGAAGCAGAAUGACCCGGCAGGCCAGCCGGGAAUCCACUGACGGCAGCAUGAACAGCUACAGCUCAGAGGGAAACCUCAUUUUCCCCGGAGUGAGACUCUCUUCUGACAGUCAGUUCAGUGAUUUCCUGGAUGGACUUGGCCCCGCCCAGCUUGUGGGGAGACAGACAUUAGCCACACCCCCUAUGGGUGACAUUCAGAUCGGGAUGGUGGAAAAGAAAGGAGCUCUAGAGGUAGAGAUCAUCCGAGCCAGAGGCCUUGUGGGAAAAUCAGGUUCUAAGGCACUGCCAGCCCCUUACGUAAAGGUGUAUUUACUGGAGAACGGCGCCUGCAUAGCCAAGAAGAAAACUAAAGUAGCACGAAAAACACUGGACCCUCUUUACCAGCAGCAGCUGUCGUUCGAAGAGACCCCAGGAGGAAAGGUUUUACAGAUCAUUGUGUGGGGAGACUAUGGACGUAUGGACCACAAAUCCUUCAUGGGAGCCGCUCAGAUACUUUUAGAUGAUCUGGACUUGUCCAACAUGGUUAUUGGCUGGUUCAAGCUUUUUCCUCCCUCUUCAUUGGUCGACUCAACCUUGGCCCCGUUGACCAGAAGAGCUUCCCAGUCAUCUCUCGACAGUGGGUCUGGGCCGUUCGGACGCUCGUAGCAGUUUUCUGAAAUCUAGCGUUACUGUAGCAGCCAUUGGGUGGAGUUUGAGAUUUGCGACAGGUCCCGCCCCCCCGGUAACACUGCAUGCUUGAUGUUGUGUGUUCAGAGCUUGUUUCUUAGGGGUGAAAAAAGCGGUCGCAAAAAAAUGCUGCACAAAUUGUGUGCAAAAAGAGCAACCCCUAUAGGGCAGGGACGAGACAAAGCUGGAAAAUUGUCUCCUUAGCUUGAGGAACGUCACCAUUCCUGCUUUUAGAUCCUAUUUGAAGCCAUUUGAGAUGAGUCUGAACUGAGAACUGACCCAUCGAGUUCUUCAGAAGCCCUUUUUGAAAUGGGGUGAAAUGUUCUUUUCAACUUUCUUUUCCCAUUUAUGUUUCUUUUAAUGUUGUAUGUAUUUGUAUCUACAUGGGCUAACAGUGUUCCUUGGGUCAAGCCAUGCCAACAGACCCAGAAAUGUACACACAAAACAAGAAUAUGACAUGGGAAUGAACACCUCACUCCCCAGUCAACCGAGAGAUGAAAUGUAUAGGCUUGAUUUCUCUUUUAAGAUCAAAUUGAAGUACUGUACUUCUCUUGAUACCGUAUGAAACCUAAACAAGAAAUAAUGAGGUUUUUUUGUUGCAUGGAGAAAACUUUAGCUGAACCUAACAAUAAAAGUGGAUAGAAGAUAAUUUUCUCAGACUGCUACUUGCAACAACAAAAAAAGAUGACAAGAAAAAAAAAGAAAAAUGUGUCAGAUCAGCCAUUUUCAACAAUUUCUAUUAUUUGUAAAGAUAAAUUUCGCUAGUGCAUGAUUUUCAUGGGGAGUGAAUGCUACCGUGUGAUUUAAAAAACAAAACAGAAACAAACCAUGAAACCUUGUUUUGUGUCCUGUAGACCGUUCAUUGGUCUCUCUACUGUAUUUUUACAGACAAGCAGAUAAAUGACAAGUUGAACAUUUUAUUUACAGUGAGAAAUCUGUUCAUGUGACAAAUAUGUAAAAAAAAAAUGUCUAUGAUUUAUUAUUGUAAAGGCGUAAGCCUUAUGAAGCUAAAGAUGAUGUGCAAAUUGUACGUUUCUCUACUUCUCCCUUGUCCCAGGGUAAACUCUCUGUACUUAUCGUUUCGGUCGUCAAAUUUUUCAUUGUUCCAGUACUUUUAGAAUUUUCAUUUUCAGGGCUUGUUCGUUUCCUACAGCUCUUCUAGUUUUAAUCUAUAUAUUGUUUUGGAGUUCGCUCGUUUAAAAAGCAUGUUGAAAAGGGUUUUUGGCAACAUGGCUUGGGCACAUCUUACAGUAACUCAGCAUGUUUUGAUAAAGACGAUAUUUGGAGAGAAAAGAAAAAGCGGUUUGUUGUACAGUGCAUGUCGACGGCGAUCCUCUCUCCCCCUUCACCCUCAAUUGGUUUUUAGUGAAAAUUAGGCAGUGGUCUCACACGGACUAGAAGGGCAAAAUUCUGAAUGAACAUUCCACCCUGUAAGAUCAUACUUUGACAAAUUUAAGGGAAAAACGUGACCAGGGAUUUUUAUAUCUUUAUGGAAAUAUGAGUUGCAGUAUUCCUGACAAAAGAGCCCAAAAUUUCACGAGGUCUUUUUACCGGAGAUGGCUGCAGCUCGCUGACUUUCGCAGUAUUGUGCUGUACAGUUUUCCGAGCAUGAUGCUGUCUGCAGAGAAAUGCACAUCGGGACGAUGAUAUUUGCCACACAAUAUAACUGGUUUUUAUUUCUUCGUUUCAAGGAAGCAAGUCAUUUAAUAUAUUUUUGU